AUGUCACAGGAGAAAUUCAGCACGUUCCCUGAUCCGAAAGAGGUUUUCAUUCCUCUCAGCGAGGAACAAUUGGCCAUUCUCGAGGCUCAGGUCGAAGCAGAACAACCAAUAGCAACUGUCCAGAGCCAGUUUAACUUUGCAUGGGGAUUAAUCAAAUCCAAGGACACACAGGAUGUAAAGAGUGGGAUAAAUAUCAUGGCGGAGAUCUUCAAGGAGGUUCCAAGUAGAAGGACAGAGUUUAUUUACUACCUGGCUCUUGCCUGUUUCAAAAUCAAAGAGUACAGAGAGGCAACGAGAUACAUAGAUACCCUGCUCCUACAUCAGCCUGAUAAUCCGCAUGCCGUUGCAUUGAAAAAGAUGAUUGAUAAUGAAAUUGCCAAGGACAGUUUGAUAGGAUUUGCAAUUAUAAGUACGGGAAUUGCAGUUGUAGCUGGUAUAACAAGCUUUUUUCUAAAACGCAACAAGUAG